AUGGCAUCAUCCUCGUCUUAUUUACAUCCUAUGUCUGGGACAUCUCCAUCUUAUUUACAUAUGGCCUCAUCGACCUAUUUACAUAAUAUGGCCCCGCCUGGAACUAAACAAUGGACAUCUGUGGCAUCUUCACAACAACAGCAGCAGCAACAACAACAGAUGAAUAAUUCAACAACGAAUAAACAACAACAUCCAUCUCAGCAGUCAUCACAAUUACAGACGCUAGAUGGUUUAACGAAUCAUUUAAAUCAAAACGGUUUAAUAAAUAGUUUAACAUCAUCGACAUCUCAAAUACAACUGGAGAAAAAUUUCGAAUUACAACAGGAAGAUUUCCCUCCAUUGCCUAAAAGUGCAACGAUAUCGCAAAAUCAGGAUUCGACAACAACAGUUUCUUCACAGCAAACAUCAAAUAAUUUAUUACCAUCAGUCACUUCUUCAUCAUCCUCAUCUCAACAUCCAUUUAGUAAUUACUCCUCGACAUCUUCGAACUCUUUAAAUGGUUUCGCGUCAUUGAAUGAUUUAAAACAAUUGCAACAACAACAAUCUUCUCAACUACAAUCCUCAUCGUCUUAUCAUCAUACAUCGUCGUCACCUAGUCCUACGAUAUUUAAAUCAUCCGUCGAUCAAAUGAAUACUCUUUUAAAUCGUCAACAAUCGAUUCCUGCAUCUCAGAAUAUAUCAUCAUUGUCAAAUUCUCAACAUCCACAAUAUAUGAAACAGUUAUCGCAUCAACCGUCAGGUUCAGUUUCAUCGUCAACUUCAAAUUCUUCAUCAUCAACUUCGGCUGGAUUUGCUGCUCUUUUAGCAGUACAUCAAGCUCAUGCUGCUCAGCAACAACAACAACAAAAUUCAUCAAAUACAACUUUAACAUCAGGCCAGACGACGGCAGGUGUGAUUGGUAGUAACGGGACGGCAACGACAACAUCCGGGCAAACAAGUAACAGUGGAAGUGUAACGAGUGGUAAUACUUUACCGUCUUCAACAAUUACCGAUCAAUAUGGUCUGGUGGGUUUGUUACAAAUUAUUCAACAAGCAGAAAAAGAUCCAGUUGCAUCAACUUUAUUGAAUUGUGAUCUUACAACAUUGGGUCUUAGUAAGUUGUUUAAGUUGUUUAAGUUGUUUAAUCAAACUGAUUUAUAUCCAUCGUUUAUAUCUCCCUUUGUCGAUCAACAAGCUCGUCCGCAUGAAAUCGAUUAUCAAGUACCAUAUGAAUAUCAGAUGGGAAUACAAAUUCGAGAUAAACUACCACAAGUGAAAUUUGAUCAAUUAAAUGAAGAUACUCUAUUUUUUCUAUUUUAUCUAUUUGGAAAUGAUUAUAUUCAAAUAUCAGCUGCCAAUGAAUUAUAUCGUCGUGAUUGGAGGUAUCAUAAAGAUGAACGUAUAUGGUUAACUCGAAUUAAAAAUAUCAUGCCCGAUCAGAAAUUUGAAACUUAUGAAACUGGCGUGUAUUGUGUAUUUGAUGUACCACUAUGGAGAAAAACACACAAAUCAAUGAGAAUCGACUAUGAAAAAUUAGAUGACAGCAUGUCUCGUUUAUAUUGUUUUGGUUGUCGCUUAUCGGUGAUAACCAGUUUAAGUUGUUUAUUGAAUAUUAUUUUAACAAUUUUAUUUUUUCAAUGGUUUACAAAAAAACCACUCAUAAUUCCGUCCUCAUCGAUUCUUUUCGAUUUUUCACAAUUAUUAAAUCACACAACAAUAGAAACAAAUAAUCAGUAUGGUUAUGUGCUAUUAUCAUGUUCAGCCUAUUCAUUUAGUCUCGCUUAUUGUUACUAUUUACCUUUCACAAGUUUAACAUGGCGACGUAUUGGCUAUGAACCAAUAAUAUUAUUACAUGGUUUGGAAAAUUUACCGACAUCAUCAUUAUCUGAAAUGAUGCAAGCGUUAAAUCAUUUACAACUGAAACAUUAUUUUAUUCAUACAAAGACUAAAUUUGAUAAAGAAGUAUUAUCGAUAUCUUAUAGUCAAAUAUCAAGAUUAUUUGGUGGUUAUUUAGAAGACAAAUAUUUAAAAAACGAUGAUUUUCUAAUUAUAUCAGAUGCUGAUUUAUUACCGAUUAAUAUAAAAUUAUUUAAUCCCAAUCCAACGUCAGAUAUUUUAAUUGUAAAUGCAUUUUGUUGUUUAUCAGAAGAAUUAAUCUUUAAAAAUGUUUCCUAUCCUUAUUAUCCAAUAUCGUAUAUCGGAAUGAAAAAAAGAUUAUGGAAACAAGUUGUUGAUUUAACAAAUUCAUCGUGUUUCGACGAAAAACAUAAGAAGUUAACAAUGUCUACCAUUACAUGCUAUUUAAAUUUUAAAAUGAACAUAACAAUUCAAACAAAAGUUAGAAAAAAGCCCCCGCUCUGGGAUAUUGAUCAACGGUUAAUCAGGUGA